AUGCAUCCACACAGCCGUCCCGCUGUACAGCGGUGGAAAAUUAGAGUUGGCCCGAGACAACAUGCUCCUGAGUCCGUAGGCCUGCCCAUCAAGAAGUCCAGUGAGCACGGAGCCAAAGCAGCUCCAGUGUCAGGAAUUAAUGUGGAUGCAGCCCUGGAUCAGAUCAGGUAGCCUCACUGACUUCACAAGAGGGCCUAAUUCCAGUGGAGACUGGAACAAAAGCAGUCCUGACAAUGCACAUACUUUGCCCUGGAUGAGUCAGUCACUGUUAUCAGCACACACCAUCGCACGUUGUUUACUUGACUUAUCCUAACUAAUCUGUGUGAUUUAGAUGUUGUGAUGUGGUGGUGUGGAAAGAGUCAGGCGCAGGAGGGUAAAUCACAGAAACACAGGCUUUAAUCCACAAAAAUAUAGGUUUACGCAGAAAUGCGUCAAACACACUCCAGUGCACCAACCAGGUGCACUGGAAAAUACAAAGCACACAGGAAAUCUCCCGUCGAUACAAAAUGCACGAGCUCCACCGAGCUUCCCUAACCUCCACAAAUAACAAUCACCCACACAGACAAGGAAGCAGAGGGAACACUUAUACAAUGACUAAUGAGGGAAUAAGGACCAGGUAUGUGUGAUUGAAGACAAGACAAAUGGAGUGAUGAUAAAUGGAUCGGCAGUAGCUAGUAAGCCGGUGACGCCGAACGGCGAAGCCUGCCUGAACAAGGAGGGGAGGCAGCCUCGGCGGAAGUCGUGACAGAUGUGUUCCUCCUCUUUAGAAACACGUGUUUUUCUCUCCACACAGGGAAUGUCAAGUUCAUUGCUUUUCUAACCUUGAGGUUAUUGAUCUAUCCCUCACUCCAUUAGCUCUGCCCCUUUGAAGGUAUGUGCUCUCCCACUCCUGAAUGGAGAGAACAUCUGAAAUCUUUAUCAGUGGCACAGGGAGGGGGGUCCUAGUGUGGUUCUGUGUUUGCUAUAUCUCCCCCGAGAGGGCAUAUAUCACGAAGCCAGGAGAGCGCUGACUCCCCUAGCUAUCAGCUGUUGCUUUAGAUUAAUAGAUCGCUACAUUAGCAAAGCCUUGACCUCAUCUUUAGAAGACUUCCAUAGGAAAAACAGGAAACCCUGGGAUACUCAUCGGUUGCAUCCCAAAAACUUCUGGGUUAACCAUUACAACACCAGCUUCAAUGUUAUAACAGUAAAGUGUUAGUGAGAAAAUGUAAAGGAAUUUUAGAGUAAAAGAUGAACAAUGCUAUAGCAUUUUUUUAUGCUGUAGAGAUCAAUGUUCGAUCAUCUUCGACAGCCUGUAUAACAAACUGAAUAACAUGUACUAGCUACAAGAUAGGCCUACUACAUUGUACAAGUGUUGCUAUUAGGUCAAACUGCUCCGGAAAUAAGGCCUAUUAGGGAUAUACAUUCAUCUGUGUCUGCAAGUCUUGCUGAAUUCCUUUGGUUUUGUGAGCUGUGAGCUCAGUUGGCUGUGAACCAGAGGACUGAGAGGGUCUGUCCAGCAGGACAUUCUGGAUUAGACCACAGCUGUCCGUCUCACAGCUUCUCACCAGAAUAAACAUUUAAGUAGUAACAUCAUCAGACACACUGGACUGUGUGAAUCUGGCAGGAAGAGCACAGGCGAGGUGACAGGGUACACGCUCCACCCUAGUCAUCAUCUCUCCAACCCCAACUAUUCCAACAGUGUAGUGCAGACAGGUGGCUGAUACAGUAGAAUGAUGGACACUCCUUUGUAUAAAUCAUAAAUGAAAGGACAGUAUUGUCUUUGGAGGUGUGUUUAUGGGUGUGUUGGAGCCCACAGGUCAUCAUACCCCCAACUGUGAAAGCACAUUAAAACACACACACACACAGUUGGGAGACAGCAUACAGUAGCACUGUAAUUUAAUGCAGAAAACUCAGAAACAACUCAUUUUGGGGACAGUUCUUCUGUACUCUCCCUCGCCCUCCAUUUGGCAAAUCUGAAUAUAACUCCAUCCUCUUAAUUCCUGUUUACAAGCAAAAACUCAAACAGGAAGUACCAGUGAUGCCCUCAAUAUGGAAGUGUUCCGAUGAAGCGGACGCUAAGCUACAGGACUGUUUCGCUAGGACAGAUUGGAAUAUGUUCCGGGAUUCAUCCGAUGGCAUUGAGGAGUUUACCACAUCAGUCACUGGCUUCAUUAAUAAGUCCAUCGACGACGUAAUCCCCACAGUGACCGUACGUACAUAUCCUAACCAGAAGCCAUGGAUUACAGGCAACAUCUGCACUGAGCUAAAGGCUAGAAAUGCCCCUUUCAAGGAGCGGGACACAAAUCCGGACGCUUAUAAAAAAUGUUUAUACGCCCUCCGAUGAACCAUCAAACAGGCAAAACGUCAAUACAGGACUAAGAUCGAAUCCUAGUACACCGGCUUUAACAUUCGUCAGAUGUGGCACGGCUUGCAAACUAUCACGGAUCACGGGAAACCCAGCCACGAGCUGCCCAGUGACGCAAGCCUACCAGACAAGCUAAAUGCCUUCUAUGCUCGCUUCGAGGCAAUCAACACUGAACCAUGCAUGAGAGCACCAGCUGUUCCGGACCACUGUGUGAUCACGCUCUCUGUAGCUGAUGUGAGUAAGACCUUUAAACAGGUUAAAAUUCACAAGGCCGCAGGGCCAGAUGGAUUACCCGGACACGUACUCAGAGCAUGCGCUGACCAGCUAGCAAGUGUCUUCACUAACAUUUUCAACCUCUCCCUGACCCAGUCUGUAAUACCCACAUGUUUCAAGCAGACCACCAUGGUCCCAAGAACGCCAAGGUAACCUGUCUAAAUGACUAUCGCCCUGUAGCACUCACAUCUGUAGCCAUGAACUGCUUUGAAAGGCUGGUUAUGGCUUACAUCAACACCAUCAUCCCCGGCACCCUGGACGCACUCCAAUUCGCAUACCGCCAUCUACAGAUCUACAGAUCUCUAUUGCACUCCACACUGCCCUUUCCCACCUGGACAAAAGGAACACCUAUGUCAGAAUGCUGUUCAUUGACUACAGCUCAGCAUUCAACACCAUAGUGCCCUCCAAGCUCAUCACUAUGCUAAGGACCCUGGGAUUAAAUACCUCACUCUGCAAUUGGAUACUGGACUUUCUGAGGGUAGGCAACAACACAUCCGCCACACUGACCCUCAACAAGUCGUGAAGAGGGCAAGACAAUGGCUCUUCCCCCUCAGGAGGCGAUAAAGAUUUGAAGUGGGUCCUCAGAUCCUCAAAAGGUUCUACAGCUGCACCAUUGAGAGCAUCUUGACUGGGUGCAUCACCGCCUGGUAUGGCAACUGCUUGGCAUCCGACCGCAAGGCGCUAUAGAGGGUAGUGCGUACGGCCCAGUACAUCACUGGGGCCGAGCUCCCUGCCAUCCAGGACCUCUAUACCAGGUGGUGUCAGAGGAAGGCCCUAGAAUUUGUCAAAGAAUCCAGCCACGCAAUUCACAGUCUGUUCUCUCUGCUACCACAUGGCAAGCAGUACCGGAGCGCCAAGUCUGGGACCAAAAGGCUCCUGAACAGCUUCUACCCCAAAGCCAUAAGACUGCUGAACUGCUUUUCACCCCCUACCUACAUGUACAUAUUACCUCAAUCAAUCACCCCAACUACUUCGUACCCCAGUACACUGACUCGGUACCGGCACUCCUUGCAUUUAGCCUGUAUAUAGCCUCGUUAUUGUUAUUUUAUUGUGUUACUAUUUUAUUUGUAUCUAUUUGUUAAUUUGAAUACUUUUUAACUGCAUUGUUGGGAAAGGGCUCAUAAGUAAGCAUUUCAUGGUAAAGUCUACACUUGUUGUAUUUGGUGCAUGUGACAAAUUUGACAAUCCUACCCCUGGUGACAUUGUAAUGAUAUGAUGUGUUUUCCAGUAACUCCCUCAGAUUGUGUAUGGAGUGAGCCUGAGUUCUGGAGACUAAACACACCCUGUGAUCGAGGAGUGCAUGCUCGCUCCACCCACUACUAUUAAGCUUUAGGAGCACUCAUAGAGUUCAGCAUAACAAUGAUGAAGAAUGAUGCAAUGGGUGAGUCGCCCUUACUACUUUUCAUCCUACCAAAAUAUAAGUACCUGCUGUGUAUGGUGGCGUACUCUGAAAUCCCUACUUUUCUCAGAAGUCUACAUCCUAAAGCGGAAGUGAUUCAUAUCUGAGGUAGCUGGAGGAUUCUUGAACGUGUAGUUUGGUUUGGGAUAAUGGCCAAAACUGUUGUAAUAUGGUAAUAUUUACAUUUUAGCGAGAGAUGACAGCCUAUUACUGGCUGUUGCAUUGGGACUUGUUAUGUUUCCAAGGCAGAGGUCAUUGUCCUGCCAAGAUACAUGAGAGGAGAUGUGUCAGAGUCAGUCUCAGCCAGGCCCAUUGCCUUGCUCUCCUAACUGGGCUGACUGAUCACAGAAAUGUGCUUCAGACUGUCACUAGACAUGCUAGUUUCUCAUCACCAUUUAUUACUGUACAUGUUGGGAGAAACAUUGAUGUACCCACAUUCAUGAAAAUACUUAACAAGAGAAAUAGGACAAUGUGUAGGCUUACUAAUUUAUGGAGAUUCCAGCUUGCUAUAAUAACAAAAUGUUCCUUUUACGCCAACCUAUUAGUACUGAGCAAUUAGUGCUUUUUUGAUUUAUGUGGGUUAUGUGGGUUGAAUGCUGUAAUAACACAGAAUUAAACAAUUAAUAAAAGUCCCAUGAUGGUAGUGACUGCCCAUUACUGCUUAUCACUUAUUAACCAUUAUUUAUUCACAUUACUUUACUUUAAUACAAUAUUUCAAUUGUUGUGUAUAUUACAUUUGUUUUAUUUGAUGACAUUAUCACUAUAGAGCUGCUGCCUAUAUGCUGUCUGACAAAAUCACUAUUUUAGUAGUUCUUCAAAGUAAGGCAUACUUUUAUGACUGCUGAAUACCAACUAUAAAUAACUUAGAUCAGGGUUCCCCAAAUGGUGGCCCUCGGGCCGAAUUUUAUUUGUCCCACAAAGUUUUCUGAGUUCAACAAAUAAUAAUAAUAAUUGUUGGACAUAAAAGACUGUGAAAACACCAGCAAAUCAGCUCCAAGUGAUUAUAAUUUUGGAAAUCUGUUCCAAAGUAUUCCCACGCAUAAUAGAGAGAUAUAGGCCUAUGUGAUCGUAUACAAAUGUAAGCAAGGUUAUAAAUGAUGUUUUAGUCAAAUAUGAUAUCUGUUUGGGCUUCUUGCGGUCAAUUUGCAGUCUACCAAUUAUUUGUAAUUAUUAUCCGCCCCCCUGACCAUCCGUUUAAGAAAAAAUCUGCCUGCGGCUGAAUGUAGUCGAUGAUCCCUGACUUACUUAUUUUCAGGUAGAGAUAAUUUGCUAAGCAACUGCUCUCUAUCCGUCUCGAUCGUGCAUUCUUCUGUCUCUUCUCAUAGCAGGCAUAAAAUAAACACACAGACUGGACAAGUAGGCACACAAUGGAUUAUGGUAAUUGGCUAUGUAGAAUAUUGGCGUGUUAGAAACUACAACUCCCUACUACAUCGCACUGUUCGGUCUUGAACUGAUUUAUCUCUAGAGAAACUGCGCAAUGUGUGCAUUGAGCUCACAGAAAAAAAAAGAGCGAAAUGGAAUUCAAAUAAUUGAACCGCCGUUGGUCAAUUAGUUGUUUAAAAAACGAACAAUACCAGAAAUGUUGGUUAAUUGCUAAGCACUACAACCUAUAAAUCAGUAUCUAAUCAAUGGUACCAUUUCUGCUGUUUAUUGCCAAGUAAACGUUGAAUUCACAGUGAAAAUACAUGUACGUACCAGGAUUACCUCAACAGCUAGAGGUCAUCAAUCUGAUGACCUCGAUAGUGGAUGAGUCAUUUGCAGCUAAGAUGUUGCCUCCUUAUUUUCUAUCUAACACACCCCACCCUUCCUGCUGGAAAGAAACCUAUUAUAAUCAGCUGUGAGAAUGUAACAUCAUUCCACAUGAAUAUCCUGGUGUUGGAAAAGGUGAACCAUAUUGGGAAAUUCCCUCAGGUUCAAAGGAAAGCGGGUAGGUGUGAGUUCUGGCAUUCUUGGGGAGGAUAUGGCAUGGGGAUUUAACCUAAGCCAUCAAAUGCUAUAUGACAGACCCAUAGAGUCAAAGUCAUGUAUUUUCUCUUGUAGAAAAGGUAUCUGGUAGAGGAGUGCUGUGUCUGUGUGUAGGACCUGUUGAGUGCCUGUAGAUUUGUCAGUACUUCUUUCAUAUAUUGUCCCAAGCCCUCUCUUCUCUGUGAAUGUGCUGCCUGCCUGUCUGCCUGACUGACUUUAUAAGGAACUUCCUGUGUGGUGACGUCAUGCAUGCACCAGAGUGAAGAGGUCUGCUCUGUUAGGGGAGGGAGCAGUGAUGGGAGGGGAGGGGAGGGGCGGGGGCAUGGGGUAAUACUCACUACACAAAGUUCUCCAGUCGAUCCUAUCCAUUCAAUUUUUCUGUCCAAUCUAGUCUUUUUUCAUUUCAUUCUCUUACACAGUACUAUGCUUCUUCUCUAGUGUGAAUAUGAAAUCACUGUAAAUAGGUAAUGCCAACAAAAGCUGGCAAAAUAAACAAAGCAAUAUGUAUUUACUGUGCAGACUUGAUUUUAUGCAGUUGCACAGAAAUCACAUGCAACACACAGCUCUCAAGCUCACCUUCAUAUCCACAAACACCCAUACAAACACCCAUGCAGUAAUCUGAUCUCACAACCCCAUCAUUCUCCUGCUGGCAACAACUGGCCCAAAGGAAUUUUAAAAAUGUCCUUGAAAUUAUAAAGGGGGAUUAGAGAGAGCCUGGUCCAUCCACGGCCAAAUAUCUAAUGAUAAGCCUGUUAGGUCCAGGGGCCAAGGCUGGCUAUGGAGAUUUACCAAGUCAAGCAAUAAGCACACUUUGUUCCCUCCACUCACCUCCAGUUUCUGCCUCUAUUUAUUUAGCAAUGCACUUGUUUGUAGACAUUGUAUGGCUGUGUUCGGUUAGUAUGCAUGGUUGUAGCUGGUUUGUUUAGCCUAGUUACACUACAUGAGUAUGUGGACACCUGCUCGUCGAACAUCUCAUUUCAAAAUCAUGGGCAUUAAUAUGGCGUUGGUCCCCCCUUUGCUGCUAUAACAGCCUACAGUCUUCUGGGAAGGCUUUCCACUAGAUGUUGACACAUUGCUGCGGGGACUUGCUUCCAUUCAGCCACAAGAGCAUUAGUGAGGUCAGGCACUGAUGUUGGGCAAUUAGGCCUGGCUCGCAGUCGGCGUUCCAAUUCAUCCCAAAGGUGUUCGAUGGGGUUAAGGUCAGGGCUCUAUGCAGGCCAGUCAAGUUCUUCCACACCGAUCUCAACAAAUCAUUUCUGUAUGGACCUCACUUUGUUCACGGGAGCAUUGUCAUGCUGAAACAGGAAAGGGCCUUCCCCAAACUGUUGCCACAAAGUUGGAAGCACAGAAUCGUCUAGAAUGUCAUUGUGUGCUGUAGCAUUAAGAUUUCCCUUCACUGGAACUAAGGGGCCUAGCCCAAACUAUGAAAAACAGCCCCAGACCAUUAUUCUUCCUCCACCAAACUGUACAUUUGGCACUAUGCAUUGGGGCAGGUUCUCCUGGCAUCCACCAAACCCAGAUUCGUCAGUCAGACUGCCAGAUGGUGAAGCAUGAUUCAUCACUCCAGAGAACGCGUUUCCACUGCUCCGGAGUCCAAUGGCGGCGAGCUUUACACCACUGCAGCCAAAGUUUGGCAUUGCGCAUGGGGAUCUUAGGCUUGUGUGCGGCUGUUCGGCCAUGGAAACCCAUUUUAUGAAACUCCCGACAAACAGUUAUUUUGGUGACAUUGCUUCCAGAGGCAGUUUGGAACUCGGCAGUGAGUGUUGCAAGCGAGUACAGACGAUUUUUAUGCGCUACGCUGGUCCCGUUCUGUGAGCUUGUGUGGCCUACCACUUCGUGGCUGAGCCUUUGUUACUCCAAGACAUUUCCACUUCACAAUAACAGUACUUACAGUUGACUGGGGCAGCUCUAGCAGGGCAGAAAUUUGAUGAACUGACUUGUUGGAAAGGUGGCAUCCUAUGACAGAGCCACAUUGAAAGUCACUGAGAUCUUCAGUAAGGCCAUUCUACUGCCAAUGUUUGUCUAUGGAGAUUACAUGGCUGUGUGCUCGAUUUUAUACACCUGUCAGCAACAGGUGUGGCUGAAAUAACCGAAUCCACAAAUGUGAAGUGGUGUCCACAUACUUUUGUGUAUAUAUAGUGUAGGUUAAACUGACACACACAAAGUUUAUAAUGGCUAGGUCAGUGGCCGGAGCUGUUCCAGCAGAUAUUCAAGCAGACAGAAAGUGAAUCCCCCAUUUAAGUAAUGCUAAAUACAGAUCUGUUGAAGGGUUUUGAUACAGUGUAAUAAAUGUGUAAUAUAUAAACAGUGUAGUAAAGUCAUUGUAUUUCUCAGUACAAUGGAACAAGUCCAUUAUAAUUCAUUCACAUCUAAUUCGACACUAUAGUGUCAGACUCGAGUGACUGGCAUGGGACAUUAUGACCAGAGUAAAGUCUUUUAAAAUACAUUUCUGUUGUUUCAUGAGCUGCCCAGUCAAUAUUCUGACAAACACAGAGCAGGUCCCAGGUAAACAGAAAUGUCCACAGGCAUCAGAUAAGGAGCAGCAGUCAGACGAUGUGGGCUCCAUUCAGUUAUCAUGCAGGAUAAUAUACUGCGGAGAUAAGAGUGUUUCUCUGUGUGUUUGCUGCGGGGUUGUUCCACCUCAAAAAGCACAAGAAAGAGGAUUUCGACACCCACCAUCUCAGAUUGUUCUGAAAUUGUGUCUGUUGCUCGAAACAGAUAAGAUUAGCAUUCUUGCAACAUUAGUUUGAAAUAUAAUUUAAUCUCUGAGAAAUUAAGCUAAUUGAUUGCACCCAAAUUGUCCAUUUUAAUUUAUAGGAUUCAUAUAAUAUUGAAUAAAUAUAGUACCUAACAUCCGGUUUGGACCAAACAUUUUUCUAAUAAUGAGUUAAACAUGAGGAAUCCAAAGAAAUUGUCAAAAGCCACCCAUGGACCCCCCACACCCCAUGUCAAUUCCACCCCUAUUACCAAAAUCUCCCCUCAGCUUUGUGUGGGAGCGUUUUACAUUCAUUUUGUCGUUGUUCCACUGAGUCUAGCUGGAAACGAUGAAGCACAGCUACAAACAGAGUGCUGAUAGAGUCAAUGGUACAUCCAGAGUAAGACUGACAGAGGUAUGUGUACGUGUGUGUUGUAUUCUCUGUACUAUGCAGUUGUGUUCAGACAGGUUAAGUUUCAGUCUGGGUCCUCAAACAACCUCUGUCUGCCCAGGGACUGCCAGGGAUCAGCCACUGUGGCGCCACACAAGGCCAUGAGCCCAGAACAGCUCAGUAAAUCCCUACCUGAGUUUCUAACAAAAAUUACCUUAUCUUUAUGCUGUAAUGCAAAAUGCAAUUUAGACAACUUACUGUACAAUAUGUAUUCCCCUCUCUCCAAUCCAACUAAUACAAGAGUGUAAGACUAUGGACUCCAAAGGCCACAAUUUGUGCUGUGUUUAUUUGUUAUUGAUAAGCACUCUAAACACUUACUCCCAGCAUAAUCUGUAAAACCUAAAAUACUGCAACACAAUACAAUGUGCAACACUCAAGGACUGUAGAUAAAACUGACUUUUGUUAUGUCAGAUGAUAGUGUAGCGGGCAGGGAUAUUCAACUCUUACCCUAGGAGGUCUGGAGCCUGCUGUUUUUCUGUUCUACCUGAUAAUGAAUCGCACACACCUGGUGUUCCAGGUCUAAUUCAGUCCCUGACUAGAGGGGAACAAUGAAAAAAUGCAGUGGCACUGACUUGGAGGUCCCUGUACUUUAUUGUACAGGGCACUGUACAAUAAAGCAAUCACACAAUUUCAUCCAAUGUGUACCAACUGUUAAUUACAUAAAAUAUCUGUAAAUGUGCCAUUCUUAGUGUAGCCUGUAAAACACAUAUAUCCCCAUAAAUCAUUUUAGGUAGGCCUAUACAUUAUUAAUGUAAAGUGAAACCAUAAAAUCUUCAUCAAAGUCAACUGUGCAUGUGUCGUGUGUGCAAGCCGCUAAAUGGAAAGCUAUGUCUUUAAGAGUUGAGUGAAAGGCGGAGUCAGAGUAUAUUCUUGUAGCGUUGUGGAGCUUAAAAGAACAUCACUCACAACAAUAGUAUUUAUUGAGAAGUCUCCCAGAACAGAAAGAAUAGUUACAGUGCCAAAUGCGCUGUCGUUUUCUGCUCAGUACCAUAGCAGACUGAAGCUUGUAAAUUGGGCUACACUAACGUCUACAGCAAAACACUGGAGCUAGAACUGUCGCCAAAAGAGGAUUCUAAACGUUUCUAAGUAACAGCUGAGGGAAAACUGCGAGGUUGUAAGGUGAGCUCUAAAAACAUAUUGGAUUACCGUGACGUGUAUUUCUUUGUGUGUGUGUGUGUGUGUGUGUGUGUGUGUGUGUGUGUGUGUGUGUGUUGAUGACGGCAGCAGUGAUUGAUGCAAUCUCUUAUUUCUCAGCCGGUACAUUGUAUCAUACAUUGACAUUGUAUCCCAGCGUUAUAAUAUAUUUAUUAUACUGUUAUGCCUUUUCAUACUAAUACAAUACUAUACAAUAUGUUAAACAAUAAGCUACUCAAAGUUGGAACAACUUGUUCUCCUUGUAUAGCUAAAAUUACAUACUGGAAUUAAAAGUGUAGGACGCAUGUAAAUGUAAAUAAAAUACUGAUAUAUAACUAUUGUUUUGGGGUGAAAAAUUGAUAGUUACAUAUCGGUAUUCAUUUUGACGAUAUUACUAUUCUUUUUGCACUAGUCAGCUGUACCUGCACCAAAACUCCAGUAUUUAUUGCUUCUAUAGCUUGCUCUCCAUCUUCUUUUAAAAUGGUAAGCCAAUAUGUUUUCAGCACUUUUAUUUCCGUGAGUGAUCAAAACUCGUUUUCUCAUGGCUCGCUCAUGUCCCUCUGCAGCAGACAUAUAGUGAGCUAUAUGUUUGGAACAUCGAAUCGCAAUAAAAUCACAGUAUGGAAUAGCAUUCAUACAGAAUCGCGAAACCUAUAGAAUCGCUAUACAUAUCGUAUCGGCAACUAAGUAUCAUGAUAAUAUUGUAUCGUGAGGUCGCUGGCAAUCUCCAGCCGUACUGAUGAUAUCAAGAAAUGAUGGAUCCUUAUUUCAUCAGUUACUUGAGAUUGGAAAAAAACGUAUAUUAUGGAGUGAGCCACCUUCUUGCUCUAGCAAUCAAUCCUGUAAAGCAAGGGGGUGCGUACACUGUUUGCUUGCAGCACAGGUAGAGCGGGUAUGGUUGCUCAGAAACCGCUGCAGGGAUGUCAUAAGUGGGGUGUGAACCUCUUCCUUCUAUGUUUUUCUGUGCCUAAUGUCAUGGUCUAUAGUAAGGUUACGUCUGAAAUGUCACCAUAUAGGGCUCUGGCCAAAAGUAGUGCACUGUAGGGAAAAUGUGUAAUUAUCAGAUGUGCACAAAGUGCUCAUGUUGGUGUGUAGCAUACAUGGUGUGUAAAACCAUACCUCUUGGCUUGGAGUGACUGUGCUUAGCUCUACUAGGCCUGUGUCUUAAUAUUUUGAUAGUAGGCUAUGGAUGUCAAAUAGAGAUGGUCAGAUGGUGAUCAUCACCACAAGUGUGUUUACCAAACCUCUUGUCUUCCCACACAACAAAAUAUCCUCGGCUCUUUGAAAUAAUUUGACUGCAAUGUUCCCAUUCAUUAUUUCUCCAUGACUACCCCAUUUGUUUAAACCUGGUGUUGCCUCUAAAUACACUACUCAACUGUGAUCAAACGCACAUCCUUAAGUGCAGGGCCGAAAAAAGUAGGUAUAAAAGAAAUGGAGCCCGCACAAUCGUAAGCUCCACCACGUACCUUUAUUCACAAACAAACAACGUUGAAGUGACCUGACGAAGAUCCUUGCAGGAUCUAAAUAUUUGUUUGUGAAUAAAGGUACAUGGUGAAGCUUAUUAGUGUGCGGGCUCUAUUUAUUUUAUGCCUCUAAAUACACUCAAUGUAAACUAUGGUUACCACUGCCAGGAUGAACUGUUUUUGCACCUGUUGCCAGAGGAAGUGGGAGCCUCUCAGGGUUCAUUAUCAAGGAUCAAGUUGCUUACCAUCCCCUCCGAACUGAAUCCAGGGCCCUGGGCAAGGGAUGGGAGGGAUGCCAUGUUGGGCAAUUUGGCCUGAGCAGACGUCCUGGGCAUGCUGUUGUUCCAGAGCUUUCUUUCUGAAUGACCAGCUGUCUGGGCAGCACAUCAAUCUGUCCAUUCUCUAGAACUGCUGGAGUCUUAAAAGACCAUCAAUGUGUUUUCACUUCUUGAUGAUGGAUGGUUGACGAUAGAUGCAUAUUGUUCUGGCCAUGAAUUUGUUGUUCAUACAAACCAGAACUAUUCCUCCACAUGAUCAGCUGUAAAUGGCAAAGACUUCUGUGAAGUUAUGGUCUCCAUCAGUUGAGUAGAGAUGACCCUUAGACCCCCAGGUUAGGUCUAGCCUACAUGUUGCCACUCUACCCAAAGGAAGUCAGCGGCUGUUGUGUGAUGCACUCAUUCCCGUCUUUUUCUGGCCACAGGUUCCUAAUUAAAGGUCAUGUCACCAGAAUACGUUUAUGGGCCAUAUGUAGGGCAGCCCAGCCCCCGUGGUGACUCUUAUCAACACUAUGCAGGUUUUAUUGUCUUCUCAGGAAUUCAGCAUUCUCUGUGUUGAUCUUGCCAACCCCCAUUGUCACACCUCUGAGAAGCAGAGGUUCUGUUGUGAUUACAUCAUGUAGGUCUGAUAUCUGAUUGGAGGUUAACUUUACAGUAAUACUAUUGGUCAACAACUCAGAUUUUGAAUCCAAACAACUCCGAUGCUUAUAAAAGGGUAUUAGAUUAAUUGUUCUUCCUCUUAUGUUCCUGACUUGCUGUGGUGAGAUACCUACACUCUUUAUCUCUUCCUCUCUCAUGAGCUAUGGGCCAUGGCACAAGCCAUGGUUUCUUUCUUUCUCUCUCUCUCUCUCUGACCAUGCUCCCUCUCUAACCAUGCUUAGAAUAAGUAAGAGAUAAACGCCAAUGUUCUAUACAUUACCUUGGAAAUAAUGGACAACGCAGCGGGAUGAGACGGAGCCUCGUUUAUCCCCCUUAUACCACCGUUGCCAAAGAAAACAAUAUUAAAGCACACGUUUACCAGUAUAAAUACUUUUGUUUUGUUUAUAUUUUUAUAAGCAAAUUCAUACUUUCUCAUCUUUUGGUUGCAGUCGUUCGUUCGAUAUUUAUGGACCCGACCAAGUCGUUGUUCUUUAUGUUCCGUUGCCAUGCUCAGUGGCAACGUGCUUAUUCCUAGCUUGCUGCUAGCUAAUCAACUAGCUACGGCUGCACAGUCACAACCUCUGCGGCCAGAAUAACUGCAAAGUUUAUUCCGUUGCGUUUGUUUAAGCUGUUUAUCCCGCUUAUACCACAGUUGCCAAAGAAAACAAUACUAUAAGCACACAUUUACCGGUAGAAAUAAAACAUUUUCAUUUAUAUAAGCAAAUUCAUACUUUAUCAUCUUUUGGUUGCCAGUCGUUCAUUUGAUUUAGUGUGAUAUUUAUGGACGCGACCCAGUCAUUCGUUCUUUAUGUUCCGUUGCCAUGCUCGCUGGCAAUGUUCUUAUCCCUUGCUUGCUAGCUAGCUACGGCUAACACAGUCACGACCUCUGCAGCCAGAAUAACAGCAAAGUAGCUGUUUUCUAUUGACAUUCAUUCGGAUACAUCCAUAACAAUGAGCAGAUAAUGCCAGAUUUUGCCUGGCAUAGCUAGAAAAGUUUGCCUUCUCGUCAGGUCACUCGACACUGUUCAUUAUGAGGAGAUCACAUUGCAUAUCAAACACUAGGCUAGAAGCUAGCUAAAUAGUUUGUUGCUAGCAAACCUACCAAUAUGACAAGCAAAUUAAAAAAUAUCAGUUGCUGAAACCGCUGGUCAAACUAGAAACGUGGGAGUAUUUGACAGCAUAGCACCACUUGCGUCAUGACUGCAACAGUAGGGACCAGAGAAAUUCAUGUUUACCACAUUAGGUCACCAGAUGCUUCAAAAAUGUCUCUACAAAAACAAAUCAAUACUAGCUAGCUAGCUACGUUUUCUCCUCGUUGGACCUGCGUUUACAAUGUAUCCAAUUUCAGUUUGUGUUGUUGGUUUAGCUUUCUGUAACUUUGUAGCAAGUACAGUCUGCAUGUGUAGGCGCUUAUUGCGUCAUGAUUGCAUGGUGUCCCGAUAUCUUUCCCAGCUGUCCCGUUAUCUGGUUUUAAUGUCCAUUCUAGAAUGCCCUUCUAACCAAUCAGAAACGAGUAUUCAACAAUGCUGUGGUAUAAUGCCUUAUAAUGUUUGUUAAUGGUUUAUAACUUAAGCUUUAUGGCUUGUAUGUGAAUCCAUUCAUUUUGCAAUGUAAAUACACUUGUAUUUAGAAUUCCAUUCUCAGACAUUCAUUGCCUAUUACUGUAACUCAACCAUAGUCACUUGCAAUUGCUAAUUACCUUAAUGGGGUCAGAUAAACAUUUUAAUAGGAAAAUUGCUUAAUCUUAUUACAAGUCACGUGUGAGGUAUAUACAAUGUAUAAUAUCCUACAUAUCAAAUAUUACUGCCCACUACACAGACAUAAAACAUCAAGGUGUCGUGAAGGCAUGACAGUUACUGGCCAUUAUUAGUCUGACCUGGGAUGAACGUUCUCCUGAAGACUGAAUACAUUGGAACAUUAGUUAAUAAUGUGCUGGUGUUAUUUGUUUACACUUUGUUCCGCAGAUAUGAAUUGAUUUCCUCCCUCUGAACCUUGCUUGCAUUGUUUACUCCGCCCUGACACACAUUUCACAUGACUCGAACAUCCAGGUCAUCUGACAUGGGGAGUGCUUGCAACACCAGGCAUAUCCCUGGUGACAGGAACAGUACUCUUUAAAAUAUAUAUUUUGCAGUAAGAGCUACCGGUCUGCUGGGACUCAAUCAACACUCUGCUGUUGUAGAAAGACACUGUCAGGGCUAUUGGUUUGGUUAAAAAAAAUCAGCCAUGAGGUUAGGGGGCCCCUAGAUAGCAUAUUAUGGCAAAAUGUGUAGAAUUGCAGGGAAUUAGCUUUAAAUGGCAAAACGUUCUAUCAGCCUCAUGGAAAUAUGUGAACAAUAGCAUGAGAUGAGCUAUACAACAGCAAUUUAUUUUGCUUUAAAACUGGAUUUCCUUUUUUCGGAUACUUGGAGAAAGCUUUUAACUAGAGAUGUUCUGAUAUUAAAUGCAAAAUACAGCAGCAGAGGAUACUCGUCAUCAGAGGAUUGCGUCUCAUGUUGGUGGAAAUGUGUCAAUGAACAAAAUAAAGAGCUGAUGGACCCCCUUCACUUUCACUCAUGUUCCUGCCUCUUGUCUGUGUUACAGGUCCAUCAGUAGCAGCCAUCCGGGCGAGCCGAGCGUUUCCUGGCUUUGAUGCGACCCGAUUUGUGCCUGGAGCAUGUGCACAGCGGGCCUGACUGCCCAGGAGAUCUGUUUACCUGCAGACAGCCCCUUCCUGCGGGCCAGUCACUGUCUCAGCAUGGCUGGAGCCAAGCCCUCAUGGAGCCACCGCCAUGAGCUGGACAAGUAAGUCCACACGUGUGUCCUCAGUUUCAAGAAGAACAUGUUUUAUUAGUUAAUAGAUGCCGUAAAGAGGUCAAUUGAACUCAACCAAAACAUUGGAAUUGCCAUGGAAACGUGUGGGGGGGAAAGGGUCGUUGGGGAAAGAUCCCAAAUCUACAUUUAGGCUAUUGUUUAUAAAAUAGUGUGAAAUACUAUGUUGAGGUAAGAAUUGGAGUAUAAUGCUUGUAUGGAUGUCAACCCCAACACAUGUUUAUGUCAUCGUCACCAAUCAACUGCAUUACCCUUAAAAACCACUUUGACUAGCACCACUGAUUUCUGUAUGCUAGCUAUGCUAACCAGUUUUACAAACAGGAGUUAGCAUUUAGCAUUCACUUCUUCUAAACCUGAAAAAGGACAACUUCUAAAUGUUAUGCUGCGAAACAGGCAAAUAUAUAAAAAUCGGACUUAUGUAACCACAUUGUGGGCUUGUUUACAAUACAUAAAUCAUGACGGAUUUGACUAUUUUCAAAUUUGUUCGAUCAGAUUUGUUGAAUGUGCACCAAUCUGGUCAAUGGAACGGUCUGCGUUCCAUUAACCCCUUUACCACAUCUAUAUUUUACUAAGGGUAUUCCUGCAGAGAUGGUUGGAAUUGCUAUAACUACAUGUACAGUAUCUCGGACAAUUACUCAACAAUGUGCAUCAUGCCAUUUUACAGCUUGUACUUCAGUAUGGAUCCAGCACCCACGGAAUACAACUUUCGAUUUCCGCAGCAGGUGCCACCAUCGCUCAAUUCUGAGAGUAAGUACUGGACCCAGCCACUGUAGAUUCUAUUUCUAUGGUACCACUCACCACUUACACCCACACUCCUUCCUUUUACCCUCUGCCUUAUACCCAGCCUUACAAGGAGGGAUUUAAUACUAUGUCUCUGAGCCAACUGGUUGAUGUUUACUGGGAGGUUUUCCUGUUUCUGUAAGAAUAGAGAGCCAGAAUGCUGGCUGCCCAGGACCUGCUCUAAAUAUAUCCUGGGGAAUGUUUAACCAACCAAUCAAUCAUACUGUAUAUUCUAUUAUGUACAUACUUCUCAUACUAGUUGUUAUUACUAUUUUCUUCAACUUUUUAUUACUACUUGUUAUUUUUUUACUUUUGUAUUUGGCAUUUGAUUCUUGACUGAUGUUGUUAUUGUACUGCAUUGUUGAGGAGCGUUAGCAAGCAAGCAUUUCACUGUACCGUAUGCAUGUGAUUAAUAAACGUUGAUUUGAUUUGAACAAAACCAUGAGAGGAGAGGUGCUUUGUGCUUUCAAGUAAUUAAGGUGUCUCUCUGUUGACCUCCACACUUCCAGGAACCUUUUAACUUCGAGACCCUGCUAGGAGCCUGGCUAAAGUUAAUUAGUGGUGCACUAUGGUUCUAACUUUCUCUGGUAGUUACCAAAUGCCGAUAUUUAGAUUUAAUUGGUUUUCUAACCUCUGCAGGACAGAAACAUAGCCCUGGUGCACAGUGGUUACCCCCAAAGAAGUCCCGUCCCACACAUCUGUCCUUGUCAUCCAGCACUGAGCCCUCCACCCCUAGCCCUGCUGAGGAUGACCAGGUGGUCCCUUCCUUCCAGAGGUUGUCUGUGUACGAACACUGUAGUCCCCCCCACACACCUAGCCGGGGGGCCAAACCCCUGCCUCCUCUCCCUGGGCGGGCAGACCUUUCCCCUGACCAAGCCAUGGACAAUGAGGUGGAAUUCUUCACCAGUUCAGAUGACAGACACUGCUUGGUGCCUGAGCAGUGUCACCCCAAACCCUCUGCCUUUCGCUACGGAGCCCCCAGCCGCAGGAGCUUCAGGGGCUGUGGGCAGAUUAACUAUGCCUACUUUGAGGGACCUGCGGGGCAGCAGAGACAACAGGAACAGAAGGAGCAGCAGCGACUACAGGAGCAGCAGCGGGUACAGGAACAACAGCGGCAACAGCACGAGCAGCAGGAACAGCAACAGAGGUUGGAGCAGGAGGUGCGGGAGCAGGCAGAGCAGCAGCCAGUGUGUCCCAGACAGCAGGACCGAGCACAGCGGAAGCUGCGGCGCUCUCACUCCGGUCCUGCUGGCUCCUUCAACAAGCCCACAUCGCUGCGCCUGUCCUGUCACCACCGCCACACUCAGGGCAUGGACAAACCAGAGGUGCCCCCCCGCGUGCCCAUCCCCCCACGGCCCAUCAAGACUGCCGACUACCGCCGCUGGUCAGCCGAGGUGUCCUCGGGGGCAUAUAGUGACGAGAACAAGCCCCCCAAGGUGCCCCCCAGGGACCCUUUGUUGUCUCAAGGCAGCUCCCGUACCCCCAGCCCCAAGAGCCUCCCCUCGUACCUUAACGGUGUUAUGCCCCCCACACAGAGCUUUGCCCCAGACCCUAAGUACGUGAGCCGGGGCUUACAGAGGCAAAACAGCGAGGGGUCUCCCUGCAUCCUGCCUGUCAUGGAGAACGGCAGGAAGGCCAGCACCACACACUACUUCCUGCUCCCACAGCGGCCUACCAACCUGGACAAACCUUACCCGGAGAAGUUCCUCCGUGAUAUGGACUGCCCGGCAGGUCGCAGUAGAGGGGCUUCAGACCCAGAGUGGGAUUGUCAGACUAAGAGGAAGGUACAGGUGGAUAUAGUUUGACCUGGAGGAGACAAUUUAGGGAAGGACUCCAGUGGACACGAGCAAUCAACCACUGGGGAUACUGAAGCCUUCAAACACUUACUGCUGCUUUAACACUGACGACGUUGGUAGUUUUUACCUCGGUAUUCUAAAAACAUAGGGUAUUUGACAUACCAUUUACAGUUACUGGGACUUUAGGAACUGCAACCACAACAAAGAUGCAUGAUCUAAAUGUUGUCUCUCUAACUAUUGAGUGUGUGGGUAAUAUUUAACAAUUUAGAGAUUUCUUUUUUAUAUGAUGUAUUAUUUUUGUACAUUGAGUAUAUGUAAAUGUUUUGCUGAUACAGUGGUGCAGUUUUAGCGUAUAAGCUGGACUUGUGCCUCAAGUUCUCAGUGGUGUGUGUGUGUGUGUGUGUGUGUGUGUGUGUGUGUGUGUCACAGGUAUAGGAUGUUUUGUGAGGUGUAUGUUGUGUUUUUGAUAUUGCUUAUGUGUCUCAGAACUUGGGGACAAAGGGUCAGUAAAGCAAUCAUUAUCUCGUAUUGCAUAUAUGAUGUCUAAAGAAGAGGCCAAUGUAUUUAAACACUUUAUGAAGGAUUCUCCACCCACAUCCCCACUAACUCAUAUUAUAUAUAAGCAUGAAUAUAGGAAUGCACAUAUGUUUCCUGCCUUGUUGAUAUUUCAGUCUUACUCAGGCCACUAUGUUUAUGGAUGGAAGUGUAUUUAUGUGUUUCCCUCACUGGACGUACACUCUGUACCAGUGGGGGGAGUGGAAUAUUGGUAUGCAUAUCUCCAGUGGAAUGUCUAGUGCAGUUUGUACUUUGUGUUAGGCGUGUGCGCGUGGUGCAACUGUGUUCGUGUUUUCCCUGCUGAGUUUGUGUGACUUUUCUACCAUAUUGUAGAAAAUUAGGUUAACAAUAUUUGUUACUGUUCUCUGCCUGUUUUCAGCACUGCUUCCAAGUACACGGUCGCAAAGUGUAUCCUCCCUAACCCUUAUACUACUUUCUUUCAGUGUCCAGGUCAUUUUGUGCUGCACAAAAAUGUGCCUGUUGAACAUAUGUGAAUGUAUGAUUUUCUUACUGAAUUGUAUCAAACUGUUUGGGCAGCUCAGUACUUGGUCAAGCUGUGAGUCAUUGUCUGGAACUAACUGCCUUCAAUACUACCUCCCAUGAGAAUACAAAUUAAUACAUACCCCAAAACCUUGUGGACCGUAAUCCUAAAAUAAUUAUAAUUGAAACAUCUAAAUUAAUACCGAAACAUUGCCAAAUAUUUCUCAAAAGCCCUCAGUGAAAAUAUGAAGUGUAUGAAAAUCCAAACCACUACUUCACUGAGUCCAUUUACCUUAUUUCAGAAUUAUAAACAGAAUGGUCAGACCUUUUAAUUUGACAUUAUUUCAACUACAACAAGUGAUUGUGGAUCCCAGAGACAUUGGGCUCACCUGAUAACAUAGACGAAUUACGCUUGACUGCGUGGGGCUUACCUACCUGAAACAGACUUUCCUGUUCUGCUAAUGCAUUCCUGCCUGACAUGAUUGCAGUGGGUGUGGUCCAGAGGCUGCUGGCGGCCAGGAAACGAUAUGGAUUUUAUUGUAAUAGAUUAUUCAAGAACCAUAAUGAUGACAUAGUAAAUGUUGCAAGUGCAUCGAAGUAACCCUGGAUAUAAAACAUGGUAGUCAAAUUGGAUAUCAGAUUAGCUCUACAGUCAAAUUGUCACUUAAGUAUAUUUUCCCACUCAAAGGCAAAGGGAAAACAAACCUAGUAGAGGCCAUGUCGUUUUUAUAUUUAAUGUAUAAUAAAUUGUUUACAUUGUCACUGAUAUGUUAUUUAAUCUUAACCUAUUCCCAUGUCUUAUCGGAAACAAUGAAAUCAAAUGAAGACUAGUUCAUCGAGAAUAGUUGCCAUUAUCUGCUGUGGUGAAACAAAUGCUCUGGGAGUAAAGAAUAGUAUGCUGUGUUUAUUUAACAUAAUUACACUUGUCAUUAUGAAUAUUUGAUCAAUGUAUCAGUCUUUUUUAAAGGGAAAAAUAAAAUGACUUAAAGUCGGAAGUUUACAUACACCUUAGCCAAAUACAUUUAAACUCAGUUUUUUACAAUUCCUGACAUUUAAUCCUAGUAAAAAAUCCCUGUUUUAGGUCAGUUAGGAUCACCACUUUAUUUUAAGAAUGUGAAAUGUCAGAAUAAUAGUAGAGAGAAUGAUUUAUUUCAGCUUUUAUUUCUUUCAUCACAUUCCCAGUGGGUCAGACAUUUACAUACACUCAAUUAGUAUUUGGUAGCAUUGCCUUUAAAUUGUUUAACUUGGGUCAAACGUUUCGGAGCCUUCCACAAGCUUCCCACAAUAAGUUGGGUGAAUUUUGGCCCACUCCUCCUGACAGAGCUUGUGUAACUGAGUCAGGUUUGUAGGCCUCCUUGCUCACACACGCUUUUUCAGUUCUGCCCACAAGUUUUCUAUAGGAUUGAGGUCAGGGCUUUGUGAUGGCCGCUCCAAUACCUUGACUUUGUUGUCCUUAAGCUAUUUUGCCACAACUUUGGAAGCAUGCUUGGGGUCAUUGUCCAUUUGGAAGACCCAUUUGCGACCAAGCUUUAACUUCCUGACUGAUGUCUUGAGAUGUUGCUUCAAUAUAUCCACAUAAUUUUGCCAUCUAUUUUGUGAAGUGCACCAGUCCCUCCUGCCACCCCCGUGCUUCACGGUUGGGAUGGUGUUCUUCGGCUUGCAAGCAUCCCCCUUUUUCCUCCAAACAUAAUGAUGGUCAUUAUGGCCAAACAGUUAUAUUUUUGUUUCAUCAGACCAGAGGACAUUUCUCCAAAAAGUACGAUCUUUGUCCCCAUGUGCAAACCGUAGUCUGGCUUUUUUAUGGCGGUUUUGGAGCAGUGGCUUCUUCCUUGCUGAGCGGCCUUUCAGGUUAUGUCGAUAUAGGACUCGUUUUACUAUGGAUAUACAGUGGGGGAAAAAAGUAUUUAGUCAGCCACCAAUUGUGAAAGUUCUCCCACUUAAAAAGAUGAGAGAGGCCUGUAAUUUUCAUCAUAGGUAACUAUGACAGACAAAUUGAGAAUUUUUUUUUUCUCCAGAAAAUCACAUUGUAGAUUGAUUUUUAAUGAAUUUAUUUGCAAAUUAUGGUGGAAAAUAAGUAUUUGGUCACCUACAAACAAGCAAGAUUUCUGGCUCUCACAGACCUGUAACUUCUUCUUUAAGAGGCUCCUCUGUCCUCCACUCGUUACCUGUAUUAAUGGCACCUGUUUGAACUUGUUAUCAGUAUAAAAGACACCUGUCCACAACCUCAAACAGUCACACUCCAAACUCCACUAUGGCCAAGACCAAAGAGCUGUCAAAGGACACCAGAAACAAAAUUGUAGACCUGCACCAGGCUGGGAAGACUGAAUCUGCAAUAGGUAAGCAGCUUGGUUUGAAGAAAUCAACUGUGGGAGCAAUUAUUAGGAAAUGGAAGACAUACAAGACCACUGAUAAUCUCCCUCGAUCUGGGGCUCCACGCAAGAUCUCACCCCGUGGGGUCAAAAUGAUCACAAGAACGGUGAGCAAAAAUCCCAGAACCACACGGGGGGACCUAGUGAAUGACCUGCAGAGAGCUGGGACCAAAGUAACAAAGCCUACCAUCAGUAACACACUACGCCGCCAGGGACUCAAAUCCUGCAGUGCCAGACGUGUCCCCCUGCUUAAGCCAGUACAUGUCCAGGCCCGUCUGAAGUUUGCUAGAGUGCAUUUGGAUGAUCCAGAAGAGGAUUGGGAGAAUGUCAUAUAGUCAGAUGAAACCAAAAUAGAACUUUUUGGUAAAAACUCAACUCGUCGUGUUUGGAGGACAAAGAAUGCUGAGUUGCAUCCAAAGAACACCAUACCUACUGUGAAGCAUGGGGGUGGAAACAUCAUGCUUUGGGGCUUUUUUUCUGCAAAGGGACCAGGACGACUGAUCCGUGUAAAGGAAAGCAUGAAUGGGGCCAUGUAUCGUGAGAUUUUGAGUGAAAACCUCCUUCCAUCAGCAAGGGCAUUGAAGAUGAAAUGUGGCUGGGUCUUUCAGCAUGACAAUGAUCCCAAACACACCGCCUGGGCAACGAAGGAGUGGCUUCGUAAGAAGCAUUUCAAGGUCCUGGAGUGGCCUAGCCAGUCUCCAGAUCUCAACCCCAUAGAAAAUCUUUGGAGGGAGUUGAAAGUCUGUGUUGCCCAGCGACAGCCCCAAAACAUCACUGCUCUAGAGGAGAUCUGCAUGGAGGAAUGGGCCAAAAUACCAGCAACAGUGUGUGAAAACCUUGUGAAGACUUACAGAAAACGUUUGACCUGUGUCAUUGCCAACAAAGGGUAUAUAACAAAGUAUUGAGAAACUUUUGUUAUUGACCAAAUACUUAUUUUCCACCAUAAUUUGCAAAUAAAUUCAUUAAAAAUCUUAGAAUGUGAUUUUCUGGAUUUUUUUAUGAUGAAAAUUACAGGCCUCUCUCAUCUUUUUAAGUGGGAGAACUUGCACAAUUGGUGGCUGACUAAAUACUUUUUUUCCCCACUGUAGAUACUUUUGUACCAGUUUCCUCCAGCAUCUUCACAAGGUCCUUUGCUGUUGUUCUGGGAUUGAUUUUCAUUUUUCGCACCAAAGUACGUUCAUCUCUAGGAGACAGAACGCAUCUCCUUUCUGAGCGGUAUGACAGCUACGUGGUCCCAUGGUGUUUAUACUUGCGUACUAUUGUUUGUACAGAUGAAAGUGGUACCUUCAGGCAUUUGGAAAUUGCUCCCAAGGAUGAACCAGACUUGUGGAGGUCUACAAUUCUUUUUCUGAGGUCUUGGCUGAUUUCUUUUGAUUUCCCCAUGAUGUCAAGCAAAGAGGCACUGAGUUUGAAGGUAGGCCUUGAAAUACAUCCACAGGUACACCUCUAAUUGACUCAAAUGAUGACAAUUAGCUUAUCAGAAGCUUCUAAAGCCAUGACAUCACUUUCUGGAAUUUUCCAAGCUGUUUAAAGGCACGGUCAACUUAGUGUAUGUAAGCUUCUGACCCACUGGAAUUGUGAUACAGUGAAUUAUAAGUGAAAUAAUCUGUCUGUAAACAAUUCUUGGAAAAAUUACUAGAAAUUACUAAAAAGGUAGAUGUCCUAACCGACAUGCCAAAACUAUAGUUUGUUAACAAGAAAUUUGUGGAGUGGUUGAAAAACGAGUUUUAAUGACUCCAACCUAAGUGUAUGUAAACUUCCGACUUCAACUGUAUUUAUAAAUCUGCCUUUGUUCUGUAUUCUGUGUUUGUUGCAUGUGUUGAAUGGUGUGAGAUGAACUCUGAUUCAGCUGUUUGGCCUGUUUUAUCACCCCCCCCCCACACACCCUCAUGCAGCGCCUCAUUACAGCUGGCUGCAGUCCAAACACACAGCAGAGUGACUUAUUCAGACAGACAGGUAUACAUUACGUUCCCCUUCCUGGUUGUAAGUAUGACUCUCCCCCCUGGCUACUUGUUGAGCAACUCAAAGAGGCCAGGUAAGCUGGUUCUUCACUGCUUCAUGUUGUCCUGUUUAACUGUGUCCAUAGCUUGAAUGAUGACUGGAAAAGUUAUCUUCUUAUUUGAAAAUAUUUGUCAGUGCAGUCACUCAGUUAUACUAUAGGACAGCUAUGCACACAGAGCAGGACUGAAAUCAUUAGCCAAAUCCAAUAUAGGGUGUGGUCACCUGCUCAACAUUAUUCUUAUAUACACUACAUUCCUUAUUGUCUCUGGAAAGGGCAGCUCAUAAAUUACCAUUCAUUUUUGCUGUUAGCAUUUAGUAUUCUGGUCUAUUGACAGUGAUUGUGCUGUGUCAUCUGAGAGGAACAAAAGGCAGCAGUGUGAUCUAGGCCACCUGCCAGCUCUUUCACCUGGCUCUCGCUCAGGUGAGCUGCUAGGCGACAGCAUGGACGGUGGCCAUGGCAACAGACUGUGACAAGGGCUAUCUAUUUAAAUGGUGGUCCCAAAUGGGGACAGUAAAGAGCAACUACACAAAAUCAAGACCAAACAAACAGAGCAAUAAUGAAUCUGGUCUAUGCGACGCAUUUGUGAAUUCAUGCAAGAAAAACUUGCGUGCUUACAUUAACCACAAGACACAUCACACAAACAGAAACAUGACAGGAACAUGCACACAGGGGGUGCACAUUUCACUGUUCAUUUUUUUUUAACCAUGUUUCACCUCAAGGCUGACAAAGUGUGAGAUUUACCCAAUGGAACAAUCUCCCACUUUUUAUGGCUGCUAUUAUUAUCCUCAUUAUGGGUAUUGCCUCUUAAUUAUUAUAUAACCUUUGCUGUUUCGCCUGCAGAUGUCUGUGACAAAUAUUGCAGUGUGCUUGCAAUGUCUAGAUGUCCUCUAACACAAGUCUGCAGCAAGAUCAGAAAUGUCUGGAUAUAGUCUGUGGUAGAGACAACAUAUGGCUGUUUUCUAUCGAUGAGAGGGAGCGGUCAAAUAAAACAUAAUUGAUUUUAAAAGAAUCCAUCGAAUGUUGUAGUGUUUUAGAUACAAAAAUCUUAAUGUUUGAAGCAUAGGCUUUUAUCUAUGUCUGUACAAAACUGAAACAACAUGAUCAAAGGAAUAAACAGGAUUCAAAAGCUUGAAUGAUGCCUCAGAUUGGAUACAGUAUAGGAGCCCAGAGAAUGCAUCACAUUGGCAGUGCUGGCACAGAUGGCACAAAAUGCUACCUGUCCCUCUACUUCAAUACUCUGUUGGCUAUCAGCAGUAAUGCCCAGAGUGAAUUAAAGCAACAGCUCUUUGAACAUUGGCAAUAAUGCAAAAUGUCAUGCUACUGAACAUUGCAUGAUGUGAACUGAACCUGUUGCAUGACAUUAUUGCGAACAUGUUCAAAGAGAAACUGUUUUUAUUUGUGUUCUUUGUCAUACUGUUAUUGUAUUCCUCAUGCUCUUACCUAACUUUCUGAAAGCACAUGCAGUUGUCAUUAGAAAAAAGGAUGUGUGCUCCCCCUAGCGCACAUAGGUUGUAAUUGCCACAUGAUAUUAGAUAAAUAUGAAAAUAUUACAUUCCAUUUAAAGAUGUGAAGAAUGGAAGAAAAGGAUGCAGAUGAUCCUCUCACCGUUUAUUUAAAAAUAUAUGUGAACCCAAAGCCCAGAAGUUACAUUUUGCACUUAGUCAACAGAUGUAACAUACACAUUUAACAAUCAUACAGGGUAGUCUUUAAUGCCAGGAAAUUGUUAAUCUAGAUCUCAUUCUAUUUAUCUAUCAAGUCCUAAAAUGACAGUAGUGUGAAGCCUUAUGCUUCUGAAUUCCACUAAAAUAGCUGCAGUACAAAAACAAUUUGAUUCACAAUGAUUAUGCAUAUUAUAAAAUAAUGAUUAUUUAUGGUAACUGAGCAAACAUUUUAGGCAGCUCGAAUACUUUAUUCAGUGUUAUUUUGAAGAAAAUAUAUUAUUGUUGGCCGUUGUGUCUUCACCUGAGAACAUUUUGGGAAAUCAUACCAAUUAAAAUGUAAACAUUAGUAUUCAUUAAAAUAGAGAAUCAUAAACAGCUGGUGCUCUUAAUAGACUGUGAAAAGUAAUGACAUGUAAAUACUUGUUAUUGUAGCAUAUAGAGAGGUGUGUCUGUUAGUGUAGAUACUAUGUUUUAAAUUCACUGCCACUCUUAUUACUACAUGUCAUUUAUAAUUAAUAGCAAAGAUUGUAAGAUCUGACAAAUAUAAAAGACAUGAAACAACAGAACUUACAGUAUAACAUCUGUUAAUGUACUCACAUUUUAUGUUGUGUCAAGAUGUGGCCUGAAUACUCCUGGGCUGCCUUUGUCAGCUAAAUCAGUGUUUGUGUAGACUGGUGAACUGCCAUGGUAUGGACCAAGGUCUAAAAUCAAAAUGACAACAAAUUAGUGUUGGGAAUAUAUUAUAGAAAGUAUAAUAUUCUGGUUGUCAGUCAUUGGGACAUAGAGGCAUAGAUGAGCAUACCUCUUUGUGUGAAGUCAAAAAAGUCCUCAUUGAGAAACAUCAGUCUUCUGGCAGGUGGCUUGUCACUGUUCCUGAGUUAUAAAAACAACAUUGUUUAAACCAUAGGAACAUAAUUUUUACACAGAUUGUGCAUCAUUUACUUCAAAUCAAGCAAUCAUUUGCAUGGCAUACAAGAAUAUGCCUGUAUUGUGUUAUGAUACCCACCAAAGUUCCCCAUGGUUCCUUCGCAGGACCACGAUAACCACGAUGAGAACAAGUAUGAGGAGGAUGCCUGCCCCCAGUGCACCAAAGAGUGCAGCAUAGAAACCUCUUCCCCUGCGGAAGAGCUCACACUGGGGUCCAUGAUACUGCUCCAGGGAAGACUCAUAGCACCUGUGUAA